AUGAUAUGUGACACCUGUGUGUUUAGUUUAUGUCCUGGUGGUGAUGGGGGGCUAUUAUAUAUAGCUGAACCCAUCACCGAUUGUCAUUCAGAACAUCAUCACUCGGUGUAGCAGUCGUGUCAGCACGUGCUCAGUAUAUAUCAUAUCACAUAACCAGUGGUUUAUCUGUAUACCGGCCAGUGUAUAUUCUGUACACCACUGACAGAAGAGGGAAGCCACCGACACACUCUGCCAGGAAUCUCCUGUUAAUUGCUUCAUUGACUUUCUGUGGAUAGUGCUGGAGAAGCAGUAGUGAUAUUUUGGCAGAGGUUGUGUUCCUGUGUGGAUUACCCACUGCAUCAGAGACUGUGAUUCUGUUCACCGGACUGCACCAGUAUGCCUGCUGUGCCACCCAAGACUGGAGAAGCUGCUCUGAAGGACACCAAGGUGGUGUUUGUUGUGGGUGGACCCGGUAGUGGGAAGGGAACACAAUGUGCGAAGAUCGUGGAGAAGUAUGGCUUUACGCACCUUUCCAGUGGCGAUCUCUUGAGGGCAGAGGUCGCAUCUGGAUCUGAUCGUGGCAAGAGGCUGAAUGAGACAAUGGAGAAGGGGGAUUUGGUCUCCCUGGAUGAGGUCCUGCAGCUGCUGAAGGAGGCCAUGUUGGCCAAGGCUGCCUCCAGUAAAGGUUUCCUCAUCGAUGGCUACCCCCGGGAACUGGAUCAAGGCAAGAGGUUUGAGAGUGAGGUGGCGCCAGCAGAGUUUGUCCUGUACUUCGAGGUUGCUGAUGACACUAUGACUGCAAGACUUCUGGAUCGGGCAAAGACAAGCGGGCGUGUGGAUGACAAUGAGGAGACGAUCAAGAAGAGGCUGAAGACCUUCCAUGAUGUGACAACUCCUGUCAUUGAUUACUACCAGUCACAGGGUAAAGUGAGGAAGGUUGCGGCAGAGGUUGGCCCUGAUGUUGUUUUCAAGGAAGUGGAGAAGAUAUUUGAUGCCUUUACAGCACCUACAAGCGGCCCAGCACUGAAGGAUGCAAAUGUUGUGUUUAUUGUUGGUGGCCCAGGCAGUGGGAAGGGAACACAAAGUGCCAAGAUCGUGGAAAGAUUUGGGUUCACCCAUCUGUCCAGCGGUGACCUCUUGAGGGCAGAGGUUGCGUCAGGAUCUGCACGAGGGAAGCACCUGACAUCCAUCAUGGAGAAAGGUGACCUUGUCCCCCUGGAUGAGGUACUGCAGCUGCUGAAGGAGGCCAUGAUGGCCAAGGCUGCCUCUAGUAAAGGUUUCCUCAUUGAUGGCUACCCCCGGGAACUGGAUCAGGGGAAGAGGUUCGAGAGUGAGAUUGCUGUGGCAAAGUUUGUGUUGUAUUUCAAUGUUCCUGAUGAUGUGAUGACAAAACGUCUCCUAGAACGGGCUAAGACGAGCGGUCGAGUGGACGACAAUGAGGUGACGAUCAAGAAAAGGUUGCAGACGUUCCGCAACAUCACAACACCUGUCAUUGAUUACUACAAGGAGCAGAACAAAGUCCGAGAGAUUGAGGCUGCUGGAACAGUGGAUGAUAUCUUCAGUAAUGUAGAGAAAGUUUUUGAUGCUGAAUUCAAACCAAAUAUAGAGGGACUGAAGGAAGCCAAGGUGGUGUUUGUUGUCGGUGGGCCAGGCAGUGGAAAGGGCACACAGUGUAGCAAGAUCGUCCUGCAAGUGAUUCCAGGCCUGAGGUUCUGUCAUCUGUCCUCAGGGGACCUCCUCCGGGCUGAGGUGUCCUCGGGAUCAGCCCGCGGGAAGAAGCUGAAUGAGAUUAUGGAGAAGGGAGACUUGGUGUCACUGGAUGUGGUUCUUGAUCUGCUGAAAGAAGCCAUGGCCGCUAACCUCACCAAGUCCAAGUGUUUCCUCAUUGAUGGCUACCCCCGAGAGAUGGAGCAAGGGAAGAGGUUUGAGAACGAGAUUGUCCAGUGUGCAAGUGUACUGUACUUCGAUGCCUCUGAUGAGACGAUGACAUCGCGAUUAUUGGAGCGAGGAAAGAGCAGUGGGCGUGUAGAUGACAAUGUAGAAACCAUCAAGAAGAGGCUCAACACCUUCCACAACCAGACACAGCCAGUCAUCGACUACUAUAAAGAUCAGGGGAAACUUGUACAGGUCAAGGCGGAGAGUGGGCCAGAUGACGUCUUCGUGGAGGUGAAAAAGUACAUGGACAACCAGAAGUGGUGAGAUCGCCACCAUUGUUCAUGACCUGUGACUGGUCUGCAUGGAAUCUGUGCAGACUCAGACGGAACUGGAGUCUCCAAUGUGGACAAUAUUAUACAGGAUUCUUGGUGAUACGGACAAUAGCAUGCUAGAGAUCCUUCAGUGGACAUUAAACAGCGGGCAGCAAUUACACUGUAACUAAAUGUAUCAAGCAUUAAGACACUGUUCAUUGUAAGAAAAUAACAAGUGUAACAGGUAAAUAUGUACAACAAUGUUACAGAGUGAGGAAAUGUAACUUUAACAUAGCAUCGGAAAGGUCUGUUAUGUAAGAAAAUAUUGCAGUUACAUUGAUUAUUUGUUCAGUAAUGUAACAAUAUUCAGAAAAAUUAACUUUAACAGAGAGACACAAAAUUAACAUUGUAAGAGAAUGUAGCAAUGUAAGAAUGUGUAAGAGUAAUAUUGACAUGAGAAAAAUCUAUAAUAUGUAAUAAUGCUGUCAGUGUUGGUGUGGGGAUAUUUUUGGAUGUAUUCAUCUACUUCAAAAUCCAUGUUAGAAUUUAGAAGUCAAGACAUUUUCAGCCAGUAAUACCUGGUACCUCAAAUGGCACAUAUUUUGUAUAUUUAUACAUUGUAAAUAUUCUUAAACUCCCUGCAAAUGUGGACUUGGAAGUAAUUAUUUAUUAUUUGUCAGAUUCAUUGUCAAUGAAAAGAUGAACCCUGUGAUUCCGUCUUCUGUUUUAGAUGUGUGAUUUUGUUUAUUUAAUGUUGUUAUUGUUAAUGUUGCUUAGGCAACAAAACAAGACAGAUUUUGUUUUGUUUGAGGCAUAUCUAAACGAUGAUCUCAAUGUUUUAUGUGUGCAUUGCGUUUUGUCCAGUGGCUUUUACUAACAUGUCGAAAAGUAAUUUCUGUGAUAACCAACUGGUGAGUAGAAGUCUAAAGUAUUUAUACGACCGAUUUAUUCACCCUGUGUUGAUGUGAUAGCAUAGAGUCAGUGAUGUACUGACAAUACCUGAUGUAUUAAAGGUACUGUCCUGAUGUAUUUACAGGCCAGUUUUACUGUGUAUGUAUAAUGGGUUACUGUAUAAAGUGUCCCCAGCUCAACAUCACCAUGUAUUUGUGACGGAUAUUACUGUCAGGCAGGUGUACCACGUAAAUAUGCCCUUAAACAUAUGUUAUGUCAGAUGUGACUUAACUCAAGUCACUGUCCAUUUUGUUUCCAUGACUUUGUUUUUUCAAAUUUUCAAAAAGAAACCACCUUUAAAAGUACCUUUGUCAGAUACGACCUACCGGUAACUCAAAUUCCUGUCUAUGUUGUUUCCAUGACAUUGUUUUUUCAAAAAGAAACCACCUCUAAAAAUACCUUUGUCAGAUACGACCUACCGGUAACUCAAAUUCCUUGUCCGUUUUGUUUCCACCUUUAAAAGUACCUUUUGUCAGAUACAACUUAACUCAAAUCCUUCUCCAUUUUGUUACCAUGACAAUUCCUUUCUAAAUGAAACCAUUAUAUCAAUGAUUCAUGUAUGACAAGAAAUUAUGUUUUAUUGACUGUUACCUUAGACCAUCCACGAUCUUGCCCCAUAUCACUGUAGCAUCAGCCAUGGUGGAACACUGUGAUGUGCCGCAGUGUCCACCUUGUACCACUUCACUCUUGUACACAAUGUAACACUACUCUUCUGUGUAUAUGUAAGAUAUUACUUAUGAUGUUGAGAUUAUUCAUCACAAAGGAAUAAUAUAGACAUUUCUACAGUUAUUUUAGCUGUUUCAUCAUUUCGGAAAGACACAUUUCAUCAGUUUAAGAAUCCUUGUGUCCAGUGCUUAAUGUCAAAUUAUGUUGUAGAAGUAAAAGCAUUGGCUUCAUAGAAAAAUCUGAUAUAUAAUCACAGACAGGGCAUUAUGAUGUUCUGCUCACCAACACCAAUAGAACACACACAGAACAAGAUUAUUUUCAGGUGAAUUAUUCAUACCGACACCAAUGAGAAGAUUUGAGAGACCAGAUAUUUUUCUACUGCAGCACUCUCAAACCCUUGUCAUUAAAACAAGACAGUAUAUUCAGGAUUCAAAUGAAUUUGUCCCUUUGGCAUUUGAAAUGAAGCACAAAAGACUGAAAUCUUAAACAUUAUAGAUCCAGAUUGAGAUACAACAGCAACUCUCCCCAGGAUAUCCUAGAUCAUAUCUGUUCCCUUAUCAAUUUCCAUCAGAAUGUUUAGAAAUAUGUUGAGUAAGAUAAUGUUUAGUCAUUACAGCUGGAGAUGCCUUGAAUAAAUGACUGUACUUCCUUCUCGAAACAACGCUGGGCAUGUAAUUAGAUUUGUUCUGUGUAUGGUUAUUUCACAAAUGUGUGGACAUAUUUACACCACAAUAAAAUAGUCCCAGAGAAACAUGCUUGGAUAUGAUACAAUCAGUAUCAAAGGGGACUAGGGGUAGGUUUGGCAGUCCCAAAUGGUUUUGUGUAUGGUAGCUGUGCUAGCAGUGGACAUGGGUGGUGAUGCUCAGUGGACGUGAUGGUGAUGCUCAGUGGACGUGAUGCUCAGUAGACGUGGUGGGGAUCCUCACUGGACGAUAUGGUGAUGCUCUCAGUAUGUGGUGGUGACGCUCACAUUGGAUGUGUUGGUAUUGCUCAUGGUGGACCUUGUGUUGAAUGCUCACAUUGGACGUGGUGGUGUUGCUCACAGUGGACGUGGUGAUAAUGUGUCAUGACACAAUAUUGUGCUGAUGACACUGUUGACAUAUUUAACUCCCUGUCUACAUUCCCUCUGUUGCAAAGACUCAUCUGCCUUAUAAAGGAAAUUGUUCAAAUAGCAUGUUCCCAUCUUUCAGAUAAAAAAAUGUUACUCAA